UCCUCGUAUGGAGAAUUUAAGCAACUGACUUGAUUUAUCGCGCUCUCAUCCAUUGGAACACAGCUUACGAUCAGUCGCUUCAACCCCACAUUCGUUGGCUAUAUGCAACAUGAUUCGCAAGAACUACUUGCGUUUCUACUGGAUGGACUACACGAAGACUUGAACCGAAUUUUGAAAAAGCCGUAUAUUGAGCUGCCUGAUUAUGAUGAUAUGUCAGACAAGGAGAUUGCUGAACGUAGUUGGUCGUAUCAUAAAGCACGCAACGAUUCGGUCAUUGUUGAUUUGUUCCAAGGUCAGUUCAAGAGCCGACUCGAGUGCAAUGAAUGCCAUAAGGUCUCUGUGACGUUUGAUCCUUUUAUGUAUCUGUCUCUUCCUGUCCCUGGACAAAAACAAACCAAAACCAAAGUCGUCUAUGUGCCCUAUGAUCCAAUCCAGCGUCCUCAACAGAUCAUAAUCACUACCAAAACCGGUGCUAAGAUCACUGAUUUAUGCGAACAAGUGGCCAAGUAUAAUGAUGUACAAGAUCCGUCUACUUUGCUGGUAUUGGAGAUAUUCAACGAUAGAGUAUACAAGGUGUUUGACAAGGAUGAUUCUGUGGGUGAAAUUGGCGAUAGCGAUAUCAUUUACGUGUACCAACUUCCCGGACCUGUGCCCAAGGUGCCUCACAACAGCAAUAGUAGCAGCUCGAACAGUAAUUAUGGUUAUGGAGAAUUCGGAGGCAACAGACGCAGUAAUCGACGCAUGAAUGGUGGCUAUGGCUACACUUUGGCUCGAGGCAGAAUCAUGUCUUCUUCAGACGAGGAAGAAGAACAAGAAAAAGACGGAAAAAAGAAAAGGAAGGAGGCCAGUGCAAACAACGAAUGGAUUGCCUUUCCUGUCUAUUGUGAAACGGCACCUGCAAAAGAAAAUGGCCGAGUUCAUCCAUUUGGUGGACCCAUGAUCCUAAGCAUCCGUGCUGAAGACGCCACAUCUGUCGAUAACAUCUACAGUCUGAUUGCUCAGCAUCUCGAACGGUAUACACCAAUCAAAUUGUUUGAAGAAGUUGUCGAAGACCAGGGUACGGAAAUGACUGAAGCCAAGGAGGAAGAAGAAGAAGAAGAAGAAGGGAAAGAAGAACAAGAAAAUGGAUCUUUUGCAGAACAACAACAGCCACAGCAGCCGAUUCAUACAACUGCUGCUGUCACUGCUGCUGGUGGACGACGCAUGGCUCCCAUGAACAACUUGUUUACAAUGAAGGUGAUCAACGAAGAACGAUCGUAUCGAUCUAGUGCUCUUUUCCCCACGGGAAUGAACGUGGGCAUGUCGAACGCCUAUGGAUCCAAAUUCCGCAACCUAGAGGAACGCGCUCAAGAAGAGCAAAAACGUCGUGAAGAGUACGAACGGCAGCAGGAGCAGAACAAGAGGGAAAAGGAAGAAAAGGAAAAGCAAGCCAAGGAAGAAGAAGAAAAGGGUUGCAGCAGUGACAAGGACGAGGAUGUUGCGGAGGGUGUCGAAAAAGAAAACAAAAAGGAGGAUGACAAGGUCAACGAUGACGAUGACUCUUCAGCAGGAACUACUGACAAUGAACAACCAUCAUCAUCUAUUGCAACACCGACCAAAUCGGCAUCUGAAAAGAAGCAAGAAGCAGACGAUGUUUACGAUGAAGACGACGUUGUGGAAGAUGCAGCCUCAACGUACAAUAAUAGCAACAGCAUCAUCAUUCGACCACGCUCGCCUAUAAAGCCCAAGAACACGUAUAAUACGAAUGGCUACCGACUUGGUUCAGCAUCAUCAAAAUCACCAGCAUUCGGCCAGUCAUCGUCUUCCUCCUCCUCAUCCUCCUUGACACCACCACCACCAAAACAAGUCAUCCGUCAAGGUGAAGGGAUUAUCCUCGAAUGGAAACCCAAGAAAGCCGAACAAAUCUUCGGACUGGCAACCAGCAGCAACAGCCAUCAUUAUGGCGACAACGAGCCGAAAAUCGAUGGCAGUAAAUGGAGCGACUAUGAAGUACGAGGCGAUCCAUUGGCACCCAAGGAGAAAAAAAAGAAACAGCUCACCUUAUCGGAUUGUCUGGACGAGUUCACAAGGGAAGAAUUACUAAGCGAAGAAGACCUGUGGUAUUGUCCUCGAUGCAAGAAACGUCAACGUGCAUCCAAGAAGUUUGACUUGUGGCGCAUGCCAGAAAUCGUGGUGGUUCAUCUGAAACGGUUUAGUCAUACAAAGACAUGGCGUGACAAGAUCGAUACGUUUAUCGAUUUCCCAUUGGAAGGUUUGGAUCUGACCGAACGCGUGUUGAGUAUUGAGAACGCGCAGGAUGUCCCUGAAGAAGAUCGAUUGAUCUAUGACUUGUACGGUGUGGAUAACCAUUUCGGUGGUAUGGGUGGCGGUCAUUGUAAGUAGUUAUAUUUCGUCAUCGUUGUUGGCAAUAUUGUGGGAAGAAGAAGAGAAAAUGGCUACGAUUACUGCUACUACGAAAAUGGUGAAAGUUAAUAUUAACAACAUUUGAUAUAUAAUAGAUACUGC